UUCUUCUUCUUCUUCUUCUUCUUCUUCUUCUUCUUCUUCUUCUUCUUCUUCUUCUUCUUCACUCACCAUGGCUUCUACAAUGUCCUUGGAAGAGAUCAAGAAUGAAUCUGUCGACCUUGAACGAAUUCCCAUCGAGGAAGUGUUCGAGCAGCUGAAAUGUACCAAAGACGGUUUGACAUCAGAGGAAGGGGAGCACAGGCUCCAAAUCUUUGGCCACAACAAGCUUGAAGAAAAGAAGGCAAACUUCUUUUAUUUUAUCACUACUUUACAGUACAGCUGGAAGAAAAUCUGAUGUUUGAAUAAAACCAUGA